AUGUCGACCAUUCAUUGGCAUUUGUUUUGUUUUUUGGGACCAUUGGUCAGAGUUCGAGCAAUACGAUCGCUUAAUAGACAAAGUCUGCUCUUAUCUAUCUAUCUAUCUAUCUAUCUAUCUAUCUAUCUAUCUAUCUAUCUAUCUAUCUUCGACGGUUUAGAUCUAUCUGUUUAUCUCUCUAUCUCUCUAUCUAUCUAUCUAUCUAUCUAUCUAUCUAAAUUUAUCUAUCUAUCUAUCUAUCUAUCUAUCUAUCUAUCUAUCUCAUUUUCUUUAUGCUAUUCACAGUCUGUUCGUAUCUAUCUAUGUAUUGAUCAUUCUCAGUUUAUUAUCAAUCUAUCUAUCUAUCUCAGUCUGACCAUAUCUAUCUAUCUAUCGAUCUAUCUAUCAGUCUUUUUAAAUCUAUCUAUCUAUCUAUCAAUUUAUCUUAUCUGUUCAGAUCUAUCUCAGUAUCUAUCUAUCUAUCUAUCUAUCUAUCUAUCUAUCUGUCUGCUUGUCUGUCUGUCAGUCGGUCUAUGUAUCUAUCUCAUUUUCUUUAUGCUAUUCAGAGUCUGCUCGUAUCUCUAUCUAUCUAUCUAUCUAUCUAUCUAUCUAUCUAUCUAUCUAUCAGUCUGUUUAAAUCUAUCUAUCUAUCAAUUUAUCUUAGUCUGUUUAAAUCCAUCUAUCUAUCUAGCUAGCUCUGCUCAUAUCUAUCUAUCCUCUACCUUUCUAUCUAUCUAUCUAUCUAUCUAUCUAUCUAUCUAUCUAUCUUGGCUUAUUUAUUUCUGUUUUAGUCUUUUCAUGAUCUAUCUAUCUAUCUAUCUAUCUAUCUAUCUAUCUAUCUAUCUAUCUCAGUCUGUUCACAUCUAUCUAUCUAUCUAUCUAUCUAUCUAUCUAUCUAUCUAUCUAUCUAUCUAUCUCAUUCUGUUCAUUUUCUGUCUGUCUGUCUAUCUAUCUAUCUAUCUAACUUUGCUCGUAUCUAUCUAUCUAUCUAUCUAUCUAUCUAUCUAUCUAUCUAUCUAUCUAUCUAUCUAUCUAUAUUCUGUUCAUUUUCUAUCUAUCUAUCUAUCUAUCUAUCUAUCUAUCUAUCUCAUUCUGUUCAUUUUCUAUCUAUCUAUCUAUCUAUCUAUCUAUCUAUCUAUCUAUCUAUCUUAUGAAUUUGUUUUAAUUAGUACUUGUAGAUCAACUGCUUUUCCCUUUGUUACGUUCACCCCAAUGUAUCCAAUUGCCAUCCAUUAUUUUUCUAUUUUCGGAUUUAAUUCUAAUGAUAUUUUCAUAUUCACACCUAAACAAAUAAUAUUUCCAUUCACCAUUGUCUAA